CCACUUCAAUCACAGUUGAUUCGAAGCUCAACAGCGAUGCUCAUUGAAGCUGCUAUUUUCUUCGUGACAGCGGUAUUAACCUACCUAUACUACAACUACAAGCAAAUACAUAACUACUUCGAUGCCCGAGGAAUAAAAUAUGUGCCCGGAUGGCCAGUCUUUGGCAAUACAAUCCAGAGUUCAUUUAAAAAGACGCAUAUGGUUGAGGAUUUAGAUGCUGUGUAUAGAGCAUAUCCUGAUGAGAGAUAUGUCGGUUACAUAGAAGGAAAAACCAGGAUAAUCAUGAUUCGUGACCCGGAGAUCAUAAAGGCUGUGACGGUGAAAGAUUUUGAGCAUUUCGUGGAUCACAGAGACUUUAUACCCGUGGAAGUUGAGCCUCUAAUGGGAGACAGUAUAUUCAGCAUGAAAGGUGACAGAUGGCGCGAUAUGCGAACUACUUUGAGUCCAGCAUUUACAAGCUCCAAGAUGCGACGAAUGAUGCCAUUCAUGAAUGAAAUUAGCGCUAAUAUUAUCGAAUAUGUCAAAGAGCACAUAAACGAGGAUAUUAAUGUUGACGACUUAAUCAGACGGUAUACAAAUGAUGUCAUUGCAUCAACUGCUUUUGGUCUUACGGUUAAUUCUCUUAAAGAUAAAGAUAAUGAGUUUUAUAAGACCGGCCGAGCAUUAUUCAACUUCCCGUUUUUUAGAAGAAUUAUUUUCAUUAUUAAUAUGCUAUUUCCUGCAGUGGCAAAGAUUCUGGGCGUACGUAUUUUUCCUCCAGAAGCUACUUCGUUCUUUAUGAACAUUGUGUCUGGCACGAUGGAGCACCGAGAAAAAAACAACAUUGAGAGACCAGAUAUGAUUCAACUUCUUAUGGAUGCAUCUAAGGGAAAGCUCAAAACCGAUAAAGAAGGCACUGACGAUGUGGCUACAGAAUAUGACCUAAAAUCAUCUAACGCUUCUAGAAAUUGGUCUCAAUCAGAGUUAGCAGGUCAAGUAUUCAUUUUCUUUGCUGCUGGAUUUGAAAGCUCAGCCUCAACCUUAGUCAUGUUGCUUCAUGAAAUAGCCCUAAACAAUGAAGUUCAGGAGAAAUUGUACCAGGAGAUAAGAGAGUUUCAGGAGAAACACGGAUCACUAGUUUACGACCGAAUAAGUGAUUUGAAGUAUUUGGAUUGUGUCUUGAAUGAAGCGUUAAGAAAAUGGUCUGUAGCAGUUGUAGCAGACAGAGUUUGCACGAAACCCUAUGAAUUACCACCACCUCAUGAAGGAGGCAAACCAUGCAAGUUAAAUCUUAACGAUAUCGUAUACACUCCAAUCAACUCUCUCCACAUGGACCCGCUUUACUUCCCGAACCCUGAAGUGUUUGACCCUGAGAGAUUUUCCGAUGAGAAUAAACAUAAUAUUAAGCCAUUCACAUUUAUGCCAUUUGGUGUUGGACCUAGGAUUUGUAUUGGUAUCCGAUUUGCUGUAAUGGAGUUGAAAGUGCUAUUAUAUUACCUAAUAGCCAACUUUAAGGUUGUGAAAUGCUCGAAGACGAGUGACCCGCCGGUUUUGGCACCAGAAGAUGUCAAAAUUAUGGCGAAGGGUGGGAGCUGGGCGAAAUUUGAAGUCAGGGAAUAGAAGUAGUAUGGAUUCCCGGAGACUACCUCAGUCAACCAAACCCCCCGUGUGGUUCUGUUUCAGAGGCAGCGCCUGCCUAAUAAAAAUAACUGUACUCUAUUUCGACUAAACAGGCCUUGUGGAAUCGAUGGCACUCACUCCCGAAGCGAUAAUUCACUCUGUUUCGAAGUCAGGUUUUUAUGUACGUUGCAGAUCAAUCGUUUGAAUAAUCACCUCAUAAUAAAGAUGUAACGUCUCGCCCAAUAUGUUACCCUCAUUUACUAAUUACGAAGUCAGUUUCGUACCUAUCAUUAGCUAAAGUACCAUCUGAAUUCUCCUGCAAAUGCACCAGGAAUGGACGGGAAAAGGAUUUGAUUGCUAAUUAAAAAUAUAAUUACCAUGUUUUAUGUAUUUAUUUGCAUUAGGUUACAGUUCAAUUUUACUAGUACCGUAGUAGUUUAUUUUAGUAGUAUGUCAUUUCUUGGCGAGUCACACGAAAAGUUUCUGAGGUAAUCUUCCAAACUGAAACUCCAGAAAUUGUAGUACAAAUAUAUCACAUAAAAUACUCCCCACAUAAUGCAGAACAGAUAUACUGAACGCUAGCUGUAUUAUAGCUCCACACCCAACAAUUUUUUCUUAAAAAAUCCGCUAUUACUCUAAUCGGUUUACGUCCAAAGGAAUCAAAAUAUUCUCCAACUUUUUCGUGGUUAAUAUGAUUAGCUACCCAAUGAGAGCGUGGUUUUGUGUUUGAGUCGAGAUUGCAUUUAAUAAAUGCGGGUAAGUGUAUGUGCAUUGGUAGGCGAUUCGAGGGGUACACGCUAUACUGUAUGCUGGGAUGUAUUCUAUGGAGACUCAUUUGUAAGUUUAAUGUAUUUAUUUUUACUCCAGCGCGCUUGACCUUCUACUUAUAUAUAUUGCACUUAAUGCAAUUCCAAUUCCUAUCUUUCUAUCACGACAUCCUAAUAUAUGUAAUAUCUUAAUCUUAUUAAAAGCAAUCAUAUCUAUAUCAUGAAGUAAUUCAAUUUCUGGUUUAGUAUUUUUUAACGUAGCAUCCCAACUUAAUCCAGGUGCUGUAUAGUAAUGAGCCGGAUCUAAUUCGUAGGUUCGAAUGCAAACACACCUAAAAUUUUCAAAAAUAUCUGCUAACAGUAAAUCAUCCGUUUUUAAAUAAAGAUUUUUUUUUAUAGAACGGGGGGCAAACGGGCAGGAGGCUCAUCUGAUGUUAAGUGAUACCGU